CUUUAUUGUGUACAUAUUUCGGUAAUGUAAACAAAUAGCAUUAAAUCCCGUCAUGAUUCGUGUAUUAUACAUUUGUUAACGGCUAAGUUUAGCUCGUCAGCUGCUAACAAAGACGCGCAGAAGUUAGCAAUGCAUACUGCGCAUGCGUCGGUUGCCAUUUUAGUUGGAGACGAAUGUUCCGACCUCGACGGACGUUCCGGUUGAAAUUCCAACUUCCAACUACAAAUGGAACGCACCGUAACUCAAUUGUUUUUGAAAAUGAGAUUGUUACGUGUGUUCUCUUAUUGCUGCGUAUAGGCUUGGUAAUUUAAUGCAAAGGAAAACUCGUUUCAGCCCGCUUUGAAACUUCUCAGGCUAGCUUAGCCUGUUAGCUGCUAACAAAAAGACGCGGAAUGUAUUAACACUUCGCUAAACGGAGAUAAAAGUGUACAUUUAAAAUGUUGUGAGUUGGUGAUAAUCUACGAAAGAGCGAUAGCUAAGUACGGGGAAUAACUUUCUCGAAGAAAAGAAGAGGAAGAGCGACAACAACAGGACGCUUUCAAUAACCAUCAAGUGCUGUUACAGAGAGCAGACGUCCAACAGCUGAUUUGUCCUCAAGAUGGACUGCAGUGGGAAAGCUCCACCUAUAAACCAAAAGGUUCCACAGCCUGCCCACAUUAAACAGGAAGAUGAGGAACUCUGCAUUACUCAGGAGGUAGAGUGUCUUCCAGGGCUGGAGGAGGAGGCUGAUACCCCCAAUUUGUCAGUGACUGUUGUCUCUGUGAAGACUGAAGAUUGUGAAGACCAAGUAAUCGAGUCCUCACAGCUUCAUCACAGUCUAAGUGAGAAGAACAGAGAUAGAGACCACUGUGGAGCAUCACCAGCAGGCAAACUCUUAGCUCCACUAUUAGAUAGUGACGACACGUCCCGCUCUCCUGAGGACAAAGACAGGGACGACACCCAGGAAACUUUGAUCAGCGAUGCAGACUAUGAAGGUGAUAUGAGGACUCCCACCUAUUAUAAAAACUCUGAAUGUUCUGAAAAUAAGGCCGGUAAAAAAGGCUUUACAUGCUCAGUUUGUGCUAGAAGUUUUUCUCACAAGUAUGACUUGACCCGACACAUGCGGGCACAUAAAGGGGAGAAACCGUAUAGCUGUUCAGUAUGUAGCCAAACAUUUUCACGAAAUGAUAUUUUGAUAAAACACAGAACAACACACACAGGGGAAAAACCUUUUGUUUGUUCAGUCUGUGGUAAAUGUUUCUCUACAAAGUCAAUAAUUGAAACACACAUGAGAACGCAUACGGGAGAAACACCUUAUUCCUGCUCAUUUUGUGCUAAAACGUUUACACAGCACAGUGGCUUGACAGCCCAUUUGCGCACGCACACAGGAGAAAAACCUUUUAGUUGCCCGGCUUGUAACAGACGAUUCUCGACCAGGUCAAUUAUGGUGAAUCACUUGAGGACACACACAGGAGAAAAACGUUUUGGUUGCUUAAUAUGUGGAAGAGCAUUGAUCACAAAGGUCUCUUUAAUAGAACAUGAGAGAACACACACUGGAGAAAAACCUUUCAAUUGCUCAGUGUGCGGUAAAAGAUUCUCUUCAAAGCCAAACAUGGUUAAACACUUGAGAACGCACACAGGAGAAAAAACAUUUUCCUGUUUACUGUGUGCUAAAACUUUUAGUCGACAUGACAACUUAAAGGCACACAUGCGGUUACACAAAUAAUAAAUGUACACCCGUGCAUAUUGUGCUAAAAGACUGUCAUUCAUAAUGAAAUAUGUGAAUAUUCACAUUCAUUCAGGUCAUUGUGUUAAGUUCUCAGAAAAUCGGAAUAGUCCAAUAUGAUGAUUGAUGCAAUUAAUUGUAAAUAGAAGUAUAAUGUCAUAUCUUCUGGUUCUAGACACUUUCUUCUUGCUCAAAACAACUCCAUGUACGUAUGCUAUUACUGGGAUGUUACUGUCGUCCCGUCCGGCCAAAUGAAUACUGGUGGUGGUCAAGCUACCUGUUUUCAAUGUGUAUGAGGCGCCAUUUAGCCUUUCUCAAAGAAAAAAAUGCCAUAUGCUUGUGUUGUUUUCGGCUGUACAAACAGUUCAAAUUGCGGAAAGAAUGAACGCUCCUUCAGAGUUCCUUGAGAGUCUAUCAAAAGGGCAGAAAAGUGCAAGAUUUGUGGCAACGAUGAGAAAAGCAGCACACACUCUAGUCCAAUGGAGCAGAGUCAAAGAAUGCAUGAGUUUGCAGUGAUCAUAACAGAUUUAAGCUUUUACCAAUCCAUGUUUAUAUUUUGAUAAAGAUGGGGAAAAAACAUGCUAAUUGUAAACCGCGCCUGCAACAACAACAACAAACAUGGCGUUAAGACGCAAAGCUAAAUCAUGAAAUUCAUCCUUUCCCGAGCAAAAACGAUGCAUAUAGCAAUUUCCUUGACCCAUUCACAUACAAAGAAGUUGUAGACCGCCAUGCUUUUCCAAGUUUUUAUCUGUAUUGUCAUUUGGAAAAUAGUUAGAUUUUUUUUCUUGGAUUUGCUUUUUUGCUGGAAGAUUUAAGCCUCUUUUGUACUACGAUAGUUUGCAUGCUGCUUGCUGUACAACAGCCGUCUUAGCUUGGUCGACCACCACUGGUUUGCACUUCCGGGAAGAAGUCAUGUGUCGAAAUACAGGCUAUUUUGUUGUUCUUCUGAAUGUAUGUGUUGCUUUAAUAAGGGAAGUGAGGAUUUUCACUGUAUAUUUGUGACUGUUAGUCACACAUCUUUCCGGGGUUGUACUGCACUAGUAAAACAUCUUAAGUUCUGUGUGAUGUUGGUGUGCUGUGUUAGUCUUAGCAAACACAAUACACAUCAUAUAUAUCAGUAGUUCUCAACCUUUUUUCAGUGAUGUACCCCCUGUGAACAUUUUUUAAUUCAAGCACCCCCUAAUCAGAGCAAAGCAUUUUUGGUUGAAAAAAAGAGAUAAAGAAGUAAAAUACAGCACUAUGUCAUCAGUUUCUGAUUUAUUAAAUUGUAUAACAGUGCAAAAUAUUGCUCAUUUGUUGUGGUCUUUCUUGAACUAUUUGGAAAAAAUAUAUAAAAAUAACUAAAAACUUGUUGAAAAAUAAACAAGUGAUUCAACUAUAAAUAAAGAUUUCUACACAUAGAAGUACUCAUCAAUUUAAAGUGCCCUCUUUGGGGAUUGUAAUAGAGAUCCAUCUGGAUUCAUGAACUUAAUUCUAAAUAUUUCUUCACAAAAAAAUAAAUCUUUAACAUCAAUAUUUAUGGAACAUGUCCACAAAAAAUCUAGCUGUCAACACUGAAUAUUGCAUUGUUGCAUUUCUUUUCACAGUUCUUUUUGACAGACAUUAAAAAAAAAUCUCACGUACCCCUUGGCAUACUUUCAAGUACCCCCAUUUGAGAACCACUGAUAUAUAUCAUCAAUUAUAAUUCAAACAUCCAUGGAUGGAUGGACACAUCAAUUAUAAUUCAGACAGUUCAUUACUCUUAAAUUAUCCUUACAUUACCUACAUAGUGUAUACCAAAUUUUCCCUCUGGUGUACUGCACUUUGAAUAGUAUUGUCUCUCAAAUAACCUUAUAGUAUGUAUUAUGAAAAUAGUAUAUAUCUGUAUCAUGAAUCUAUUUAAGUGGACCCCGACUUAAACAAGUUGAAAAACUUAUUCGGGUGUUACUAUUUAGUGGUCAAUUGCACGGAAUAUGUACUUCACUGUGCAAUCUACUAAUAAAAGUUUCUAUCAAUCAAUCAAUAGUCUGGUUGGUUGGUUGGAUGGAUGGAUGAUGGUGUAUAGUCAAUAAUCAUGAAAAAACAUUUGUGCCUAUUUUGUACUUUUAAAAAAGUACUCCCCACUUUUUGAAAGUUUCAGAAACAAUUUUGGUCCUGCGCUGCAGCUCUUUGUCCUUCCUCAGCUCUCAUCUUGAGCGGUCUUCAAUACCGCCACAAGAUGACAGCAAUGUGCCCUCAUGAUGAUGGCGGCGCCUGUGACACUGGUUUAAGAAGAAAAGGAUGACGUUAGACGGGGAAGGUGAAGGGAAAAACCGCAAAUCAAAAAGUGGCCAAUAGUUUACCACUGCACUAGACGUACCACCAGGGGGCGUCUGAACAUUGGCUAAUCAAUACAAAAUACCCAAUAAAGGUCACAUCAAAGUGGUCUAGUGAUAGGGAGAGAUGCCUCAUGAGGAUUUGUUUAUUGAUGUUUUAUGUACACAUGAAACCACGUGCUGACCUAAUGUAUAAUGACAUACAGUUAUAUUCCCCACAUGAUAUGCAAUGCAUUGACAAUUAAAGUGAAAGGGACUGGCAGAAUUACAAUAAAUGUAUGACUAAAUUGUUUUGCUACAUAGUUUUAACAAGUGUAUGUUUUUUAUGUAUUGGGUGUUUUUAUUUUAUCAACUUGAUUGUGUAACACUAGAACUACCAAAGGACAGGCAUUUGGUUUUCCUACCUACAAUGCCCAAAGGGUAGCCAUUUGGUUUUCCUUUCUAUAACUCCCAAAUGGCUGGAUUAGCUCAGGUGUGAACCGAAUAUCUUUCACCGUUGUUCUCUGUUCUGUAAAUGAGUUGCCCCACACAGCCAUUUAUUCUCAACUCUGCCUUUGCUGCCAUUUCAGUUGUCACCAUAGUACAGUUUGUUUUGGGUCUCUAUGGAAGACACAUUCAAAUAAAACAUGUUGCAAUACUGCGAGAAAAGUGUCAUUCAAAAAUGUU